AUCAGGAAGAAGAACUGGCAGAACUCUGUGCUAGCACACAGCAUGAAUUCAGCCCAUGGCCUGGAUCUCACCUCUAUUACUAAUAACCUGGGCUGGGAAAAUUCUGACACACGCCAGUGACAUCUGGGCGAAAGGUGACUCUCUAGGGACGUUUAGUUUUUUGCCGUCGAUCUGGAUCAGCCUUUAAUUUCAGGAUUUAUUUGUGAACUGCCAUAGUAGCUGUCACGGUGCUGGUGGUGAAAUCAUAAAGCUGGCAGCACAGUAAAGCAAGCCCUUAAGAUUGUGUUUGAUCUCUGGGAGCUGAAAGUGCUGAAUAAAAUUUUCACACGACUUAAACUACGGUUUGGAUCAUUGCGUUAAGAUUGACAUUCUUCUAACUGAGCCCAUUUUUCUAUUUUAAUAUUUAAAUAGAGACUUACGUGAAAAGACAGUAUAUUUUUUAAAGGAAAAAACGAUCAAGGAUGAACACGCAUCAGCGCAUCGUUUUUUACUGAAAAUUGCUGGACAAGACUACUGUGUAAAAUAAUGGGUAGGGUAUGAAGAAAACCUUUUGUAUACAUAUUACAUUGGGGUUUUUAUAUUAUAAAAUUGAACAAGUAACUAAGAAAAUAGUGUAACCUCUCCAUUAGUAAUUUUACUGUAUUACAUGCAAAAUGGAUUAUAGUUUUUACUGUUGGAUGCUGAAGAAAUAAUGUUGUAGUGAAAGGAGUGUGCAGCUUGGUAAUCCAAGAUUACAUGAAACUAUUUUUUAUAUGAAAAAGCAAGAAAAUGCACAUUCAGAACUGGCUUAUUUAAAACUCUAGUGUUUAGCAAUGGAAAGCCCACAGAUAAACUUGCCUCUAGGUCUGGUUUCAGACCAAAAAAGGAGCAGGAUCCACGAGGAUGGGAGUCCUCCACUGAAAAAAGCAAUGACAGAAAUGCAUGCAAAUAACAAAGUGCAGGUUGUAAUAAAUAAAUUGCCAACAAUAAAGAAGGAAAACCUGGAUGACUAUGACGAAACUCCGGUGCAGGCUGAUGGGGCAACCGCCAAGCCAAACAGUGCUUCACUAUCUGAGCCUUUGAGUUUAAAUCCAGGUUUGAAACACACGUUGGCACAGUUCCACCUAAGCAGCCAGAGUUCGCUGGGUGGACCUGCAGCUUUCUCAGCUCGGUAUUCCCAGGAAAGUAUGUCACCUACUGUCUUCCUGCCUCUCCCAUCGCCACAAAUCCUCUCUGGUCCGCUGCUCAUCCCUCCAGACAGCUCCACAGAACUCACCCAGACCCUGCUGGAGGGGGAAUCCAUCUCUUGUUUUAAAGUCGGAGGAGAAAAAAGACUUUGCCUGCCUCAAGUGUUGAAUUCUGUUCUCCGAGACUUUUCCUUGCAGCAGAUCAACACGGUGUGUGAUGAGCUCUAUAUCUACUGCUCAAGGUGCACUUCUGACCAGCUUCACAUUCUGAAGGUUUUGGGAAUUCUUCCAUUCAACGCUCCGUCCUGUGGGCUCAUUACGCUGACGGACGCUCAGAGACUAUGCAAUGCUUUACUGCGCCCUCGCACUUUUCCCCAAAGUGGCAGUUUCCUCCCUGGUAAGAACACCUUGGCCCAGCUGAAAGAGACUGGCAGUGCCUUCGAAGUAGAGCAUGAAUGCCUGGGCAAGUGCCAGGGGUUGUUUGCACCUCAGUUCUACCUUGCCCCUGAUGACCCGUGCAUCCAAUGCUUGGAAUGCUACGGGAUGUUCUCGCCCCAGACCUUCGUGAUGCAUUCACACAGGUCCCCGGACAAGAGGACCUGCCACUGGGGGUUUGAGUCGGCCAAGUGGCACUGCUACCUGCACAUUAACCAAAAAUACCUGGGCACAUCAGAGGAGAGAGAGCUGAAGCAUCUCUUGGAGGAAAUGAAGGAGAAAUUCAGUGAGAAAAAUCAGAAAAGAAUUCGGUCCAAAGCAGAGCCACAGCAGAACCUGGAAUUAUCACAGUGGUACCCAGUUAUAAAGCAAGAAGCAGAAACUGAUCCUCAACCACCUUCCUUUUUCCACCCCAGUUACUACCUUUAUAUGUGUGAUAAAGUGGUUGCCCCGAAUGUGUCUCUUGCAUCUCAAUACAAGGAUGUUGCAAAAACAACAGGAAAAGCAUCAGAAGUUAAUAAAUCCUCACCUGGGCACUCAGAGAAGAAGCUCAGUAGUGGAAAGCACAAAAAAGCUGCCUCGUAUCCAGAGCUUUCUCUUGAAGAACAGGAAAAAAUUGACUUGAAAGCUGGUGUGGAGCAGCCAAAUAAACGUUUAGAUCCUCCUGCGCCAGCUCGUUCCACGAGAGGUGGAAAGUCUGAGCGUGUUUCUUCCAAAAUCACCAGAGACUCUGGCCGUGGUGAGGGAGGUGCUGGUGCACGAACCUUGUCCCCCACCCUCAUGAAAGACAUCAGCUGUGAGGAUGACAAGGGAAGGAUCAUGGAAGAAGUAAUGAAAACCUACAUCAAGCAGCAGGAAAAGCUAAACACGAUUUUGAGGAGGAAGCAGCAGCUCCAAAUGGAAGUGGAAAUGUUAAGCAACUCUAAAGCUAUGAAGGAGCUGACUGAAGAGCAGCAGAAUUUACAAAAAGAACUUGAAUGUUUGCAAGCAGAGCAUGCACAAAGAAUGGAAGAAUUUUAUUUUGAGCAGAGAGACUUGGAGAAAAAACUGGACCAAGUGAUGAAGCAAAAAUGUAGCUGUGACUCCAAUUUGGAAAAAGAUAAAGAAGCUGAAUAUGCAGCACAGCUGGCAGAGUUGAGGCAGAGGUUGGAUCAUGCAGAGGCAGAUAGACAAGAGCUGCAGGAUGAACUGAGACAGGAACGAGAGGCCCGGGAAAAGUUAGAGAUGAUGAUAAAAGAAUUGAAGCUACAGAUCCUGAAAUCUUCAAAAAAUGGGAAAGGAAAAUAGAAAUUGGAAGAGGAAGCAUGACUGUGUCCUUCAAACAGGGUGUUUUGGUUUUAAUGAUUGUGAACAAUUUUUGUGUGCUGAGAAAAAGUGUUCUUUAUGGAUUUCUAUUUCCCAGACAGGUCCAGAUGAAGAUAUACAUAGAUAUAAAUAAAUAGAGAUAGAUAACCAUUUUUACAUUUUCCUAGCCAAUGAAAAUCUGCAUUGAUUUGUACUGGUGUUUUUUCAAAAACAAUGAAAAAUACGAAACUCUUGAUUUAGAGUGACCAGUUUCUGUCUAUUUCUAAUGCAGUCUUAAGGACUCUACACCUUUUAGCAUUGUCUGUUAAAACAUAUGUGGGUAUCUUUAUUUUGCUAUCAAUUGCACAUCCAGUUAUAAAAGUACAUUAAAAACAUUCUCAAUUCUUCAAGGUCUUAAAUAGUUUGGGUUUCAGUGAGAAUUAAAUAUUCUUGAACUGAAGAAAGUAAAGGCAGCUUUUUGUCUGUAAGGCAGAGCUCAAAAUUGCCAAAAUUGGUUGAUGAUUUGAGUAUCAAAAGUUUAAAAAGAUUAAUCAACAUGAGUUUUUCCAAUAAUUUCAUUAUGUGAAGUCAGCUGAUCUUUUCAGUAUUGUCUAUUUAACAAUUCAUUAUCAAUCUAAAGAGUGUUAGAGCCAACACUUGUUUGCUCUGCUGGAAGACAAAAGCAUUAGGGGUUGGUUUUUUGUUUUGGUUUGGUUUUGUGAAUUAAAAAAUUUGCAAUUACAGUGGAAUCUUGGGAAGUUAAAAAUUCACAAGUUUUCUUCUGUUUUUUUCUCUAUAGUAUGUAUGAAAGAAACAUUAAGAAAAGGCUUAAAGAUGGGGCUUUUCCUUUUAGAAACUGAGUAAGCUUAACUGUUUUUCAGAUAUUAAUGCUUUCAAGAAACAUAAUAUUUAUUGAGGAAUAUGUAUUAACUUUUUAGUACCCUAAGCCUCCAUACUUUGAGCUUCUUGCCAACUUGUGGAUUUUUCUUUCAGUACAUAGAACUGGCCUUAACUUACAUUGUGAUCAUAGCUUAAAAUAUAAAAUUCUGAGGUAUGGCACUUUGAAAAAUCAUUUUGAUAGUCUCUGUAUUUGAAUGGCAUGGUAGGGUUACCAUGAAUUAAAAAAAUACAGCAUGUUUGUUAAGCUAUAACAUUGGGAAAUGUGUAAUUGUACAGAAUUACUGUUUUAUGUAUAUAUAUAAUGUCUGAGUACUUCUGAAGUCUGGUUCUUAGUGGGUUAAAUGCAUGGCUAAAGUUGGAUGAAGAAAAACUUUUUUGCACUUCUCUCCAAAAAAUUGGAUACAGCUGGCAGAUGUCAGCUGAUCAUGUCAGUGAUAGGAAUAUUUUAGUAAUUCGAGUGUUUCACUACAUAAUUUUAGCUUGUGCUUUUAGUUUCUGGUUUUGAGGUACUUAAGUUUAAUAUUCUCUUAAUAACUCAGUUAAUUUUGGAUGAAACCACUAGUAAAAGCCUACAUUGAUUUUUUUUUUAUUUUUAUCCCCCUCUCAACUAGUUAAACUGAAAACUCUUAUUGUUUAUGUGUUAAUGGUAUAACAAGACUGAAUAUCACAGAGAAAGAUAAAAUUGCACAUAUCUUUAAAUUGAAUGAGAAAUUAGGUGGUAAAUUAAAUAUCACAGAGUCAUAAGAUGAUUUUUUUAAUAACUGUACAAUUUUGUUUAUGAGCUCUGUGUCAUAUUUACACUGGCAAGUAAAGCAGGUUAGAUAAAAAACCAAACAAUUUUCUCUGUCAGUGUUGAGAAUCAUAGAAUGGUUUGGGUUGGAAGGGA